AUGAGCACUCCAGCCCUCUCCAACGGCACAGAUGUUACCCCAGGCACGCCUCGCCUCAUCAUCGAGUUUCCUCCGGCUGCGGUAGUCGACGACCUCUCUCUCAUCUCCGCCAUCACCAAGCUGGUGAAUCUGGUAUUCAUCGAAGCAGAAGCCGGUAUCUGGAACCAUGGCUUCGUGCGCACCUCUGAUGCCGAGGUGGCAGACUUUAUCCGCAAGGGCCAGCUAGCCGUUGCCUAUCUCGCCUCUCCCUCAUUGACAUCCGAAGAUCAGGGACUUCUUCAAAAGGGCCAGCCGGUAGGAUGCGUGUGUGUCAAGCGGAGCUCAGACUCAAUGUGCACCUUGGGUAUGCUGGCCCUCGACAAGACGCACCAGGGACUCGGGCUAGGCCGCGAGAUAUAUCAGUUUGUGGAGGAGUACUGCCUGUCUCUGGGCUGCAAUACCCUCGGGCUGGACAUUUUGGUGCCGACGAGCUAUGCCCACCCGCUCAAGACGAGGAUGGAGGCGUGGUAUAGACGGCUGGGAUUCCAGCUGGUGAGGCUGGCCGAUUUUGCGGAUGAUUACCCUGCACUGGCGCCGCUGCUGAGCGGACCUGUGGACAAUAGAGUUUUCGAAAAGAAGCUGAAAUAG